CGAUGGAUGCAGAUACUCUAAGAAAUUCCCAUUAUUGUAGAUUGAGAGGAGGUUUCUCACUCGAUCUUGUUUUACUUCUUGCACUCGUUCUUGCACUCGUUCUUGCACAAUAUCUCACUCUCUCUUUCUCUCUCCACCGUCCUCCGCCAUGGACGACCUACCGCCAUUACAAAAAAUCGCCAUCUCCGGUUCAACUCUAGCCUCUCUAAUCCACCGCUUCUCCACCACCACCUCCACUUCCUCAAUCGACGGCCUCCUCUUCGGCCACGUAACCUACGUAACCUCUCUCAAUCUCUCCGACGACUCCUCCGAGACUUCCCAAACCCUCCUCGCAACCGUAACCGGUUUCCUCGCCUCCUCUUCCUUCCGCGACACCUCCGGCCAAAUCAACACUUCCUCCCUCCGCCGUCUCAUCCCUAAUUCCACUUCCCUCCUCGGUUGGUUCUCCGGCCGCCGUCGUACUCCCCUCCGUCCCUCACUCCGCGAAUUCUCAAUCACUUCUUCUCUCUCUUCUCUCUCCCAAUUCUCUUCAUCCAUCAAACCCUCUCCCAUUUCCAACUCCAAUUCAAAUCCCUUCCCUUCUUCAACCACUUUAUCUUCCCUCAAUUUCAACCCUUGCUUGUUCUUUCUCCUCGCUUCCCCAAUUUCGGAUCAAACCUCUCACAUUCACACUCACGAUUACCGCGCUUACCAGUUCCUAUCUGGAACCCAUUCAUUCAACCCGGUUUCACUCGAUAUCAUCAACAUUGGUCCUGCUUUUCGCGACCAUUAUGGAUCAUUUAUCCCUAAUUCUCCAUUUCCUGCUCUUGAUUGUCAGCUCAGCUACUCUCCGAUGGUUCGCGACGACGAUGAAGAGCGGCUGAGUAAGAUGAAACAGGCUUCUAAAGAUCAGAGGGAGUUGGAUGCUUGUGUGGAGGGGCUUGAGGUUGGUAAGUUGAGUAAAUUGAUGGGCUCUGAGGCUAAGAAUUAUACACAGAGUUUGGAAGAUUUGUACCUUAAAAUGCUUGUCAAGAUUGAGAAUUUAACUACCUUGGUUGAGCAGAGUUCGGCUAGGGUUCUAGAGCAGAACUACAAUGGGGAAAUCGCGUCGUUCAAACUUGUUUGCUAGAACAUUUCUUAGCUGAGUUAGCUCCAAUUUGGUAGCCGUGUGCUAUCCUGGUUGAGUACAAAUUGGCUCAAGUUAUGCAAAUAGUAAAUGUAGUCUCAAGGUUGGAAAACUCAACAAUAAUCUUCCUGAGCUCUGGGGACUUGUUUCUGUUUUGGCCAAGUUGACUGCAGGUGUCCUAAGAAGGACAAGGUUGAUUUGUAACCUACACUCUUGGCCCUCGAGCAUGAAUGCAAGGCUAACUGAUUGGCAGCUCUUCUUUGAUGAGCAAUAAACCCGAAAUCUAAAUGGCGACCACAGAAGCCCAUAAAAGGAAGCCUGAGGAAAUUGAAUAGGCAUCUUCAGUCAUAUCUUAAUUUUGUAGAAUGAGAUCAGGAAUAUUCAUACUAGCUUAGCACAUUCAGUAGGCUUUGUUCUGAACAGUUGUUUUCCUCACUAUAUUGGGAACUGAUAAAUAAUGAUAUGGAUUUUUAUAGGCCUGAUAGAAAAUGAUUG